AUGAUCAGCCAGAGCUACAGCUAUGAUUCAGUGUGGAGAAGACAACUAAGUGUGGCCGUCCCAAAUAUAUUGAGGGGACAGACUGAUCACCUUUCAAUCGAAGAGGUGUACAGAGCAGCCUACGGUGCAGUGAUCAAUAAGUGUGCAGAUAGACUACUGAACGAUAUCAGACAGUGUGUCUUCAAGCAUCUGCGGAGCGUGGAUAUACCGCCCUCUGGCGACCCUCAGGCAUUGCUCGAGCACUACAAGCAGUUCAAGAACAGCGUCAGAUUGCUAACCAACUCUAUGAUGUAUAUGGAGCGCACCUACCUCGCUCAAUACCAGAUGACAUUGUCUGUCAUCUGUUUGAAGAUCUAUUUCGACAGUCUAUCGAUCACAUCACUGGACAAGACAUUGGCACACUUCCUGCACAGCUCCAACGACCAAGACUCAAUCAACAAUGUCAGUCUAAUGAUAUUGGAGUUACAGCAGGCAGUAGCAUUGACAAUGCCACAGUCACUACAAUAUUCAUGA